AUGCCCCAAAGAGCUUCUGUCGGGGGGGGACAAACCGCUCAACCUGUCAAGACCAAGCGUACGCAAGGGGGCUCACAUGAGACUUUGCACCUGGCCACGCCAGUUGGAGGGAUGAGCAAUAUGCAAAGACAAGACGAAGCCUUAUCGGUGCCAACACCACCAGAGUUUCUGCCGGCCAACUCCUCACUCGUUGACAACCUACCGCUCACGUUGCCGAACACGUUAUCAGUGUCCAAGAUCAAGGGCAUAACCGUCAUUGUUACCCUUGCAGGCAUUAGUUUCCUCAAUACUAUGGGCUCCGGUAUCCUUAUUGCCGCCCUGCCUCGAAUUGCAUCAGAUGUUGAGCUUUCCGAUGCUUUGAUCCUAUGGCCAGCAGCAGUCUAUGCCCUCGCGGCAGGCUGUCUUCUUCUUAUCUUUGGCGCAGCUGCGGACGCAAUUGGGGCCAAAAUUGUGUGGAUAACUGGAAGUUAUCUCUUCGUCGUUUUCACCGUUGCAUUGGGCCUGGCAAAUACUGGUCUCCAAGUCAUUCUGUUUCGAACAUUCUUGGGUGUCGCCAUAUCUAUGUGCUUACCCACGGCUGUGAGUCUCAUUACGAAUACGUUUCCUAAAGGGACUUGGAGGAAUGUAGCUUUCGCGAUGAACGGCAUGGGACAACCGCUUGGCUAUGCACUGGGAUUGGUGCUCGGCGGUAUUUUCACGGAUUCGAUUGGUUGGCGGUGGGCAUAUUACAUGAUGGCUAUCAUCAAUUUUGUCCUUUCAACAGCUUCUAUUUGGUCCCUUCCAGACGUGAAGCCGGGAGGCGAGAAGAGAUGGACGAAGCGGCUGGCGGAGGACAUAGAUUGGGCGGGCGCGGCCAUCAUGAGUGUUGCUUUGGGAUUGCUGCUGGGACGGCCGGCGUUGAUCCCGAAUAGUUUGUGGAAGAAUGCUCCGUUUACCACUAUCUGCCUUAAGACCAAAAGCCAAGCGUCACGGGAGAUGCCGAGGGAUUUAGCUAACAGGAGGAAUAGUUUUCAGCAAGUAGAAGGCCUACCGGCCUUGCAAAGCUCCCUUCGUUUCCUCCCUCACGUCAUCAUGGGAAUAUGCGUCAAUGCGGCCACGGCAUAUCUUAUUUCGCGAGUUCAAGUGCAGACUCUUGCGGUAGUUUCAGCUUUGAUCACCGUGGUAGCUCCGGCUCUGAUGGCUACUAUCAAGGUUGGCGAAAAUUACUGGUAUGCCCCAUUUUGGGCAUUAUUUCUGUCCCCGGUCAACCCGGACGUACUCUUCACAGUAUCAAAUCUCAUCAUAUCCGAUGCAUUCCCUGUCGACACGCAAUCUCUAGCAGGCGGUGUUUUUAGUGAGGUGUCACAAUUUGGAAAUUCGGUUGGUCUUGCUGUGACAGCAGCCAUCGCUGCGUCAGUAACCGAGCACGCAGGCUCCAAGGAUACUAGGAUUGCUUUGAUGGAUGGCUUCCGAGCUGCCUUUUGGACUAUUUUUGUUAGUGCGGCUGGAGUAGCUGUUAUUUGUUUCUUCGGGUUAAGGAGGGGUGGAUUCAUUGGGAAGAAGGAUAAUUAA